GUAUGACAGUCUACAUUCUAUAGUACUUAUUAUUCUAUGGUUGAAUUUGGGUGAAUCGUUUAUUGUCCGGACAAUCGACCGGAUUUCUGUUCGUUAUCACAUACGUGUUGGCAACUAUAUUCGAGAUGAUUAACACUUUCCGUCUGAUAUAUCGGCAAAACCCUCAUCAAUUUCGUCAAUUUCACAAAUGCAUGAUUCGACGAGCGGAAUCGAGUUCUGCGGCAACAACGGAAAUGGCAACAUCGCCACCACAACCAGCACCACCACCUCCAUCACGUGCCGACAAAGUGGUGAACCCGAAAAUCGACAAAAUAGCUAACGACAUAAGCGCUCUCAAUCUGGUAGAAGUAGCGCAGCUUAGUGAUCUGUUAAAGAGACGAUUAAAUCUGCCAGAUGCACCUAUCAUGCCUAUGGGAGGAUUUGCUGUCGCGCCUCAGGUUGAGGCUGAGGAAGAAGAAGAGCAAACAAAAAAACAAGUACAAACAUCAUUUACUGUUAAAUUAACAGGAUUUGAUGAUAAACAGAAAGUUGCCCUAAUAAAGGAAAUAAAGAGCCUACUACCCGACACAAAUCUUGUUCAGGCGAAAAAGUUUGUCGAAAGUGCACCUACGAUAGUGAAGGCGGAUCUAGCAAAAGAUGAAGCAGAGAAGUUGAAAGACUCUCUGACAAAGGUCGGUGCUAAAAUCGAGAUCAUAUAAAUCAUAUGUGUGAUUACAUAUAUUGUUAUGUAUAUCUGUAAUAUUAUACAGUAAAAAUUUAUCACUAUAUAGCGAUGCUUUCUACUACUCCUAUAUUGCAGAAAACUGUGUAACAUUCCAGUUUUGUUAUUACACAUUUGUAAGAUUCUAACAUUCAUAAAAUUAAAUCAUUUCAAUAUAUAUAAGUAUCUUUA